UUGUCCCGAGGCAAUGUCAAGCUCUAGAAUCAAGGCCAACCCUCAGGCUGCAUCAAUGUAUUUGAAAGUAGUUUUCAAUGCUGAAAUUGAAAAGGAGAAGAAGGGUGAUCCUAACAUUACCAAGUGGUUUUUGAUCCCAUACCAUCAAGAAAAUCAUUGGAUUUUGUACGUGUUAGACCUACGUAGAGGUUGUGCGUAUAUUUUCGACUCUGCGAUAGGUUCCAACCGAGAAAAUAGUGCAUGGGGAAUCUUGUGUUUGGCAUACCAAGUGUACAAGUUUAAUGAUGGGAUUUGUCCGAAUAGAGCGACUAUGCAGGGGUUGAAAGGCUUCCAUGUAAAGUGUGCUCAACAAGUCGGCGCCCACGAGUGUGGCUAUUACGUUAUGAAGUUCAUGCAUGAAAUAGUCACGUUACACCAUAACACUGAUGAGCGGUUAGACAAUGCUUACACUCCAAGAAAUGCGCCUUAUACCGAUGAGGAAAUAGAUGUGGUUCGUGAGCAAUGGGCUAAGUUUUUUACAACCGAGUAUUUAUUUACUUAGGUUGUUUAGACACAAAGAUGGAAGCGUUUAUAUCUUCAUGGAUUUGGCUAGGGAUCGAGUCGAUUGGAAGAAAGUCAACACGACCUUACUUAAGGUUUGUAAUGCAUGAUCUAAAGGGACCUAAGUGGCUGGAUUAGAGACAUUUGUUAGAUUAGCUCUCUAGCCUUUUGUCUUUAGUUGUUAAUAUUAGUUGUAAUUUGUUAGACUAGCUAGGUGUUUAAAAAUUGUAAACAUACGUACUAUAUAUACGCUUUGCUCUGUUGGGUUAAUAUAAAUGAAGUUAAUGUAAUGAUUUAUUUAUCAAAGAUAAGCAGAUUCAUACCUUUGCUAUUUUGGUGUUGAUUGGGUACAGGUUUCAAUACUCAAUGGAGUAUAUAUCUAGUUGUGGUUAUUGCCGCCUAUUUUAUAUUUUAAAAGAAUUUGGAAAAAAAAAAAUUAAUGUUGUUGAAGGGGGC